CAAAUAAAGUCACAAGAUGAAAUGGCGAAUAGCACGACAGUGUCAGAAUUCAUCCUCAUGCGACUUUCUCAUCUCCCAGCCAUCCGUUUCUUCUUGUUUGCUGUAUUUUUGCUUCUCUAUUUAAUUACUUUGGUAGGAAAUGGUACCAUCCUUCUUGCCAUUGGAGCUGACUCUCACUUGCACAAUCCCAUGUAUUUCUUCCUCACCAACCUGUCCCUCUUGGACAUCUUCUGUCCUACAGCUACGGUGCCCAAGAUGCUGGAGAGCCUCUUGUUAGAAAACAAAAACCUUUCUUUUGCCAGCUGUGUGCUGCAGCUCUACAUCCUAGUAGCUUUGACAGGGACAGAGGUCUUCCUCUUGGCUGCCAUGGCAUAUGACCGCUACGUGGCCAUAAGCAACCCCUUGCGAUAUACACUUAUCAUGAGCAAGAAGCUCUGCCUUCAGAUGGUGGCUGGAACAUGGGUCACUGGGUUCCUCAACUCCUUGCUACACAUGGUGUUGACCUUCAUCCUACCUUACUGCAAAUCCAAUGCAGUCAAUCAGUACCAUUGUGACAUCCCACCUGUGCUGGCUCUGUCCUGUGAUUCGACCUACUUGGCUGAGAUGGUUGUCCUUAUUUUGGGGGGCAUUUUUGGUGUGGGGGCUUUCCUGGUCACCUUGGUCUCCUACGUCUAUAUCAUCUCCACCAUACUGAGGAUCCGCUCUACGGAGGGGAAACGCAAAGCCUUCUCUACCUGUGCAUCUCACCUCAUGGCGGUGUGCCUCUUCUAUGGGACCACCAUCUUCACCUACAUACGGCCUUCUUCCAGCUACCACCAGGACCAAGAUAGGCUGGUGGUGACCAUCUUAUAUGGGGUGAUUACCCCCAUGUUGAACCCCUUGAUCUACAGCCUUAGGAACAAAGAGGUGAAGGGGGCAUUGAGGAGGGUAAUAGCUGAAGGUGCAAAGUGUAGUUUCGAGAAAGCUAGAUGGCACUGGAGUAAAUAA